AUGCAGGUACAUGAUGGGAUCUACGGAAAAUGCCAGAAAAAUGGACUGAACUGUUCCCAGUUAUGCGUCUGGCUCCCAGACGGAAACGCCUCCUGCACGUGCUACGAGGAAUACGAGCUAGCAUCCGAUAACGUGACGUGCAUCGAUACAGGAAAGACUCGAUUCCUGAGCGGAAUCAAGAUCAGAAACAUGCACGUGGAUUUGAGCGCUGUCAACAAUUCUUCCCGAGAAUAUCUCGGUCUCAAGGAGAACUUGGGAGAGCACAUUUUCCACUUCUUGAAAUCCCAUAUAUCGAGUGCCACGAAUUUUUCGAUUCUCAAUUUCGGUCCUGGGGCCGUUGCAAAUUUCCACUUUUUUGGAGAUCGAUGGGAGAGUGCUCUGGCAAUGAAUGCAAUCACCCAAGCUGUGGCUCGAGGGGCGAUGGGGAACCUCAGCAUCGAUUCGCAGUAUAUCUGGUUCGAGAGGGAACCUUCGCUAAACCUCAAGCGGUUGACAGCGCAACAAAGCCUGCCUAUUCAACGCGGUCAUUCGCUGACGUUGAAAUGCAUCGCCGCAGGAUCCACAGAGAUGAAGUUCAAUUGGUUCAAAGACGAUGCUCCCAUCAAUGUCACCCAGACUUCCAGGUACAAAAGCCUUUCAGGAUCAAUUUCUCAUGACCCCUCAAAAUCACAUGACGUAGAGCCGAGCUGGUCUCGAUUCGCUUUCAGGAAAUCGUGGAUGACCGUGCUACCGAAGAAUUCCGCGGAUGAAUUCACGUCUAUCCUGACGCUGGAGGCCGUGAUGGAACUGGACGAGGGUUUAUUCACAUGCAGGGUCGAAGACUGGGGCCACGUUCAAGAGAGGUCCAUCAUGAUUAGCGUGGACAUUCCUCCAUCCAUCCACCUCACCCCGUACAGCCUCACACUCCAAAAGGGGCAGUCCACAGUACUUACAUGUACAGCCAACAAUGACCCAAGAGGAGUUCGAGGCUACAAUUGGGCCAAGAACGGAAAUCUUAUCACACCAGGUGCGUCUCAUGCGAUCGAAGACCUGUAUCCAGAUGGAUCUCGUCUCAAAAUCUACAACAUUUCGAGUAGUGGAAACUAUGCCUGCAUUGCUGUGAAUGGAGCCGGGGAGAGCUCGACCAUUGUUCGGGUUGAAGUCCUGGAUCCAGAACUCGAAAAUAGUUGUCAAGAAUCCAUUCAUUCUGGAGUGAAAUGGUCUGAAACAGCCACCAACCACGAGGCAGCAGUAUCUUGUCCUGGGGGUUCGAUUGGGAUCAUGAAACGAAAAUGCAUUUUGAGGUCCGUGCUGGAACCAUCCGUGUGGGGAGAAGUGGAUUCAUCUGGCUGCAUCUCCACUUCGAUGCACGAACUCAUGGAAAACGUGAGGUUUACGUGGUACACAGGGUUAAGAUGGGCAGGGAAUUCGGCAUUUCCUCAACAUAGAUUCAUCCUCCAGAUGAAACUACUGGAGAUGGGUUAUCAAGUAGUGAAAGCCGAAGACGUAUCGGCGUUCAUCUGGAAGGAGGUCUCAUCAAGAAGUAAAAUCAAUCCGGGGGAAGGAGAACAGAUUCUUUCCCUUUUGGCAAGGGUUGACCAGUAUAUGAAGACCUUCAAACAUUGGGAUAGCUUCCUAAGCUCAUCGAAGAACUUCUAUAACGUCAUUGAAUACUUUCUCGCCAAUCCGUCUUCAAUUCUUCACAAUGACAAGACUGUGAGAUUGACGAGAGUCCUGGAGGAUCAUGUGAUGACGGAGGCUGCUAAUACACUGAAUGUGACGAUGGUGAGAGAAUCUCAUUUCACAGCCUACGCCUUCCCACUUCGUGCAGCCCAAGGAAGGCAGAAGGUUCCUGUUCCCCCCAUCGAUGCAAAUCUUGAGAGGAAAAGUUACAACACUACCUCCGACAGGAUCCCAGGGUAUUUGAAAGAGCGGUUGGAGAUCUCAUUCUAUGCACUGGAAACUGAUCCCGUUGGACCGAAAUCUCCAGCACUGAUCGCCUCUACCAUUUUCUACACCAAUCUCUCAGCUCUUCUUCCCAAGAGAUACGUCACGCGGCAUGUGGGUUGGGAAGAUAUGGAGUACGAAUUGUGCUCGGAAGUGGUGCAAGUGAGCAUGAAACGCGAAGGACAAGAACUUGGAAAUGUUCCAGGAGGGAUUCAGUUAUCUAUCACAUUUCCUCUCGACGCAACUUCUUUCUUCAUCCUCGUCGUUCACUGGUGGCAAGACAAAAAUAUCCUCUCCCUAUCCAAGAUGCAGGAAGUCUUGGCUAUCAGCGUCAUAUCUGCAACUGUUGGAUUUUCGGCCAGGUCUUCAUUAGCACAAAGUGCCUACCCUUACGUGAUUACGAUCCUUGCCUUCUUCUUCAUACUCACCAUGAGUGCUCAAUUAUCCCGAUCUCUUCUCAUUUACGUUGAAGAUCAUGCUGUUCAGCCUGUUAAUCGCAGAAAGCUGAAAGUCUUCGCCAUUAGUGUGGGGCUUCCAUGCGUUGUUACAUUUUCCACUAUAUCUGCUCAAGAGAUGCAAGGAUGGGAUUUGCAGUCUUGGUGGCUGACAACUGACAGCAUGUACUUUCAUACCACCAUUGUUCCUUAUGCACUACUUCUAUGUAUCCACUGUUGGCUCUUCUCCAUCGCCUUCAUGACUGUGAAACAGUUUGCAAACGGCGAAGACAAAGCUAAGGCCCUCUUGGCAGAGACAAGGAAGAAGCUGCUGAUUCAAUCCUGGCCUGUUCUCUUAACAAACACAGGAGUCUUCAUUUCCAGUAUUGUUUACAUAAAUGCUCCUUACCUUGCGGCCAAGGUGACCCUCUCAGCGUUCUUCAUACUAACG